UCUUGUGGCCGCUCGCGGCAACCACCAUGAGCACGAGCACCAGCACCGGCACGAUUUUCAGUCAGUUGCUGCUGCUCCUCCUAGUCGUGCCUCCAUCCACCGCCACCGCCACCACCCAUGGCCGCGCUGCCUGCCUGCCGCGGGAGCGUGAUGCGCUGCUGGCUUUCAAGCGGGCCAUCACCAGCGACCCCGCGGGCCAGCUCGCCUCAUGGCGGCCUGGCGCGGGCGGCCACGAGGACUGCUGCCGCUGGAGGGACGUCCGGUGCAGCAACCGCACCGGCCAUGUCCUUCAGCUCCGUCUCCGCCACACGCACAGCGGCGACUGCGUCGGAAUCAGCUGCGCCAUGCCGGCCAUGGCCGGCCAGAUAAGUCCCUCCCUGCUCUCCUUGCAGCACCUAGCGCACCUUGAUCUCAGCGUGCAGCUGCUCCAGGGGCGCACCGGCCGCGUGCCCGAGUUCCUCGGCUCUCUCAGCAACCUGAGGUGUCUCGACCUCUCCUGCCUGCCGCCCCAGCUCGGCAACCUCUCCAAGUUGCGCCAUCUUGACCUCUCACAAAACGAGGAUGCCAACCUCUCAGAGCAACUCUAACAGACCCCGCAUUCGCCCCGGCCCGAAAAAUAACCGUCAAAAUGCGGGUAGAGACGGAAAAACCUGCCCGAUCAGACCCCGCAUAUCGCCCCGUCCGGCAAAAUCUCGGCCCCAACCCGCGAAUACGCGGGUUUCCCCGUCGCAGCUGCGGUGCCCUGCAUCACACAGAAGCAGUUGGCGGGAGGAACAUUUCAUCCCGCGCGCAUUUUUCCCACCCCCCUUGCUUCCGCCCGCUCGCCGCCAGCGAUUCCGGCCAAAUCUGCGGCAGAUUCGCGCCGCGGGGCCGUCCCCCACCCUCCCGCGCCGUCACGCUGCACCGACCCCCGGAUCCGGCGAGAAGAGCGGCGCCCUCGUCGCUGCCACCGCCGGGGAUCGACCACCGUCGAGCCCGCCCCUCGUCGCCGCCUGGGAUCAUCCGUCGCAUCCACCACCGAUGGAUUUGAGCCCGUGCGAGAAAUUCUUGCUCACCGAUUCGAACGACUCACACGACUCGGAUGUUGAGACCAUGCUUGCGAACUUUCGGCAGCAGACAUUAGUCAUGUCACUUGCCGUGAAGGAGCACGAAGACGAGAACCGGAAGAGAAGGUGAGGAUCGACCGUCGGGCGUCUUUGCAUUCCUCGGAAUCGUCAUCUUGGGAAUGAGAUGUUGAUGCAAGACUACUUCACGGAGAAUCCUACAUAUCCACCACACCUCUUCCGGAGAAGGUACCGAAUGCGUCGAUCUUUCUUUGUGAAAAUUGUUCAAGCUUGCGAGGCAAAUUGCCGGUAUUUUACUCAAAGAAAGAAAUGCUGCAGGCUUAAAGGGAUUUAGUGCAUAUCAAAAAAUCUCCGCAGCUAUGCGGGUGAUUGCAUAUGGUGUUCCGGCUGACUAUGUCGAUGAGUACCUUCGUAGAUUUGCAAUUGAGUCCGUGCGUAGAUUUGCAAAAGUGGUCAUCCGUGUCUUUGGUCCUGAGUAUCUUCGGGCACCCAACAAGGAUGACACAAAGAAAUUGAUGGCAUCUAAUGAGAGGAGAGGUUGGCCUGGCAUGCUAGGUAGCAUUGAUUGUAUGCAUUGGACAUGAAAAAAUUGCCCGAAGGCAUGGCAAGGAAUGUAUUGUGGCAAGUCUCGUGAUGCAACAAUUGUGCUAGAGGCCGUAGCAUCCAAGGAUUUAUGGAUUUGGCAUUGCUUCUUUGGUAUGCCGGUCACUCU